AUGGUUCUAUUUACUCUACGAAGAGCCAUGUCAUAUACAACACAAAUACUAAAAGUCAAACCUGAAAGCAUAAAGUUUGUCAGUGAUAAACCUCAAAUCUCUGACAAUGAAACCUUGACGAAUUUACAAAUUGCUGCCAAAGAACUAACAACUACACAUAACGCAAUAGGGUUCCCAACAGAAACGGUUUAUGGACUUGCAGGGUCUGCAUUAUCUGACGAAUCAGUCAGAUCCAUAUACAAAGCCAAAAAUAGACCAGCAGAUAACCCUUUGAUUGUACAUAUAUCAUCGAUUGAACAAUUGAAACGCAAGUUGAUCAAUUAUGAAAUACCACAAAUCUACCUUAAUUUGAUUUCCCAUUUUUGGCCCGGUCCGUUAACCAUUCUCUUGCCAAUAACCAAAGACAGCCCCAUAUCGAAAUUGGUAACUGCCAACCAGAAUACAUUUGCUGUGAGAAUGCCAAAUCACCCAGUUGCCCGAGCAUUGAUUGCAAUGAGCGAUACACCAAUUGCUGCCCCUUCCGCCAAUGCAUCAACUAGACCCAGUCCAACAUUGGCUGAACACGUCUAUCAUGAUUUAAACGGUAAGAUACCUUUAAUAUUGGAUGGUGGAGCAUGUGAUGUAGGUGUUGAAAGUACAGUUAUUGACGGGUUAGUUGACCCACCAAUGCUAUUACGGCCAGGGGGAGUUUCAUUAGAGGAUAUUAAACGUGUUGGGGGGAAACCAUGGGAACAUAUUAUUGUGGCGAAAAAGACAGCAGGGAAAUUAGAACCAGUAAAGACACCAGGAAUGAAAUAUCGACAUUAUUCGCCAACGGCAAAAGUGGUGCUAUUUGUCAAUUGUGGGGACGGUAUAAAUGCUAUUGAAAGUUAUUUGACCAACAAUAAGCUUGAUGCUAGUGCCACCAAGAUAGCGUUAUUGAAAUCCAAACACUUUAGUGAGGACCACCCAGACUUUGUUAUCAAAAGACUAGGAACUACGGGGAAUGAGAUAUCUCAUAAUUUGUUUAAAUACUUGAGAGAAGUGGACGAAGAAGACAAGGUGGAAUUGAUCUUUGUCGAAGGAAUAGAUGAAACAAAUGAAGGAUUAGCAGUCAUGAACCGCUUAAGCAAAGCUGCAAUGGAAGUAGUUAAUGGAGGGGAAGCAUAG